GAAUAUCUCAAGAUUCUCAACCUAUAAAUCAAAUUUCGAUUAACUAAUAAUCUCAUAAUUUUCAGAAAAUCACUCUGAUAAAUUCUCUUUCUAUACAAAAAUCUUAUACCUUCUAUUGCAAGAUACGCACACCAAGUGUUCGAUCAUUUGCUUGAGAGAAAGAAAAAAAGGGAAAAAGAUUAAAGUUCCGAUCGUAAAAGAAUGACAGGGGCGCCGUUAUGUGUACAAUGUGGGACCAGAGACAACCCUUGCCGGUGCAAGUUUGUGGGUCCUACACUGGGUUUCUUGGCGUUUGUAGUGACGGCGAUUGUGGAAUGGCCGGUGGGGGCGGUGGUCUACAUAUGUAAUCACUCCAAAGGUCGUAGGAUCAUGGGUCAUCCUCUUACUACUGUUUAUCCUAAAGUUGCCAAUGCUAUUCCCAUUUAAUUUGUUGUGGCCUUGUGGGAAUUGGAGAGUGUCUCCAUUCUCAAAGGGUAAAUAGCAAAUGGCAAAUGACAAAUGACAAAUGACAAAUGGCGUAGAUUGGAUAUGAUCCCAACUUUCGAGUAUUUGGGCCCAAUUAAGAUUCUAUGUUCUUAACCAACUAAGCUAGUUAGUUGGCCGUUUGUUGAUUUAAUUAGUAAAUGUAUUUCUUGUUUGUUGUACAGCUUGAACUUGUCGUUGGAAAAAAAAAGUAGCAAGUUUCUAAGUGUGCUUAUCCUUUGUUGGAUAUUUUUAUUUGGAUUACUCCUAAUCGUGUUACACCUAUGAAUGUUUGACUCUAAAAGCGUGUGAAUGUAGUGAAAAGUGACAAUGAAAUACAACACAACAAGACGAGUUGUACGUAGACGUUUCGUUUUU